AUGUCUAAUUCUGUUAUUUCAAAUCCAAUAGCACAUGAAUUAACUGCUGAUGAUUUAACGUUAAAUAAACGAUAUUCGGAUAAAUCACGUAUGCAAAAUAUAAAACUUCAAGAAAAAAAUCAAACACAACCCGUUGAUAUUUCUGUGGAUCUUGAAACAAAUAAUAUGUACUUAUGUGAUGUUGGUCGAAGUCUUGUUGAAAUUUUUGAUAUCAAUGGUACACUUCAACAUGUAAUUGAGGAUAAAAUUAUGAGUAAAUUUCAACCAACAGCUAUAGCUGUUGCUUUUGAUGGAACACUUAUUCUUGCAAGUCAUUUUAAUCAUUGUCUUCAUAUGUAUUUACCAAAUGAUGCACCGAAUCAAGCCAAUUGUUAUUCUUAUAAACAAUUUAAAUUAGGUAUAAAGGGUAAUCAAAUACAUCAAUUUUAUAAUCCAGCUGGUAUUGCUAUUGAUCAUAGUGAUGGAUAUAUAUAUGUUUGCGAUCGAGGAAAUUAUCGUAUACAAGUUAUUACACCUGAUGGUGUAUGUGAACGAACAAUUGAAUUAUUUUUAGAUGAUAAAAAAAAAUAUCCAUUAGAUCCAGUUCGAAUUGUUGUUCAACAGAAUUCCGAUCUAAUCGUUUGUAUUGUUGGUGCUGGUGAUGCCAUAUGUUUUAUUCCAAAAUACACUAAUGGACCUAUACAUGUCGAGCCAUUAUGUAUAGUUGAUGGAAAUGGCUUAGGUCUUGAUAAUGCAUCUGGCUUAGCUGUAGAUAUUCAUGAUCGUAUAUUUAUUUCUGAUACAGGUCAUCAUCGUAUUGUUAUUUGUACACCUGAUGGUUGUUUUAUAACAAGUUUUGGUAUGGAAGGUGAUGAACUUGGUCAAUUGAAACGUCCAUGCGGUUUAGAUAUAACAAACGAUGGAACUAUUGUUGUUACUGAUUCUGGAAAUAAACGAAUACAAUUAUUCGGUUUAAUACGUGAACAAACACCUGUAAGAAAUAAUCCUCCUAAAGAAAAUUCUCAUGUUAGUAACAAUUUAUUGCCCAUUGAAGAACAUGAUUUAACUGCAACUCUGUAA